AUGUCCUCAGAUGUCAUCCUUGUGGAGCCAUUUGAAAGAGCCCUGAUUGAGGUGACGUUCACACAGGUGAUACCGGUGGAUGACCCAAUUCCAAUCCUGAGCAACACAUGGCCAAGUUGUAAAUUAGGUCCACUUAGAGCGGAGAAGUCAGGUCUGCUGUUUGCUCCACAAUUACUUGAUUUCAAAGAACAUAAACCACAGGUGCCUCAGAACUCACAGGGAAGUAAGAAUAACGCAGAAGACAUCCCGGGAGGGCAUGUGAAGAGGCUGACACAAGGUCAACCUGAAGGACAAGAGAACUCCUUACUUCAGAGUCCCCCAGUACAACCUGCAUCCUCAAGGCUAGUGACGCGAAAUGACAGCCGUGUUUCCAGAUUUACCAGGACAGUUAACAGUCUUCAGGCCCGCAGAGAGAAUGAGGACCAACGUGUACCACCACAUGACCAAGAGCUGAAGAAUACAGUUGGUCAUGACCCCCCAGGAGUUAUGGAUAAAAAGACACCCACCGUGAAAGUUCUAGUUGCCAACGAACAAGUGUCAGUUCACAGUUGGCAAGACAUAGUUAACAAAGUGAACGCCAAGAUGACCGAAGCAGAAAAGAAAAAUGGCGUCAGUAACGCUGUCACAAAGUCUGACCGCCAUCCAACUGAAAAUCGGAAACAUGGGCUACCACAACAGGGCAACCACAAAAUGGAGGCAGAUGUAGAAUCGGAGCUGGAUGCUGGGAUGAUUGACAGAGAGGAGACCCUGCAGUCUCAGAAGCAGCACGUAGGGCAGGAUACGCUGGUUCCAGAGGAAGUGGUUGAUCCAGCCAAAGAUCCCAACAAUCAAGGUGAGGACGAAUUUGAAGAAGCUGAAAUUGACAGACCGGAGUUUGAGGAGAAAGGGGAAGUGGGGAAAAAUGCAGUGUAUGAGAAGGCAGAACAGAAAGUGGUGUUCUUACAGGCAGCUGAUGCCAAAAUGAAAUCUAGAGAAGAGCCGGAAGAACCUUACCAGGAUGACCAAGAACAGGACAUUGAGGAACAUGGUGGUGAAAUAGACAAUGCAGAUGAUCUGGAACUCGCACACAAUGAAGGAACAGAUAAGCUAGAUGCAAAGAACAUAAGAGAAGGAUAUUACUGAUUAAUAAGAGCCUUGACGAGAACCAUAUAUGAGGAGUGGAACAAAGACCAGAAUAAACAGGCCAUAUGAAGUCAGCUAGAUGCUGUUAUGGCUUUGGACCUUCAUCAGAGAAUCAUUCUAGACUGUAAAGGGCUCUGGAAAUAUCAGCACUGGUGGUGGACCUCUCCAUGAAAUAUGUCUUUCUCUGCUUUGUGACUGCUAAUGAAGAAUAUACAUAUUUUUCAUUAAUUUUAUGCAAGUCCUACCAUGGUCUUCAUCUCUUACCGAAGGUCUUGAACCAAAAUGACUGUGCUGAACUAGACCUGUCUGAUCUGUAGACCUAUUUUGUUGGUACAGACAAAAUGAAGAAUGUUAUGGUGUAAAAUAUAGGACAACGUUUUUAUGUCAUCAUAUUACCGACUAAUGCCAUUAAGAUUUUAUGACUUCUCCAUCUGUGAUCGGGUGGACUGCACAGAAAGUGCAAUGUUCUGCUUUUUAUGAAAACAUAACCAAGGCUUUUCCGCUGAUUAAAUAAUGGUUGGGGGAUAGCUGAUUUUUUUCUUCUCGUUUAUAAAUUGCAUUAUAGGAGGCUGAGUACUGAACAUUUGUCUUCUCUAUUAUAUUUUUUUAAAUAGAUUGCCAAGACCAGGCUGCACUUAAUUGGACAAAAGCAAAACCUUCCAUUUACACAUAUCCAAAAUAGUGGUUCCUUUUAUUUUUCAAACAUUUCCCAUAAUUGAAAAAAAAGUAGGCUGACCAGGCUAGGGGCCAUCCACAGCCCUGCUGUUCCAGUAUCACGGCUCACUUCCCGCUAAUUCUGGUCCCCGCAGGAUCGGAUGUGGUUUGGUCCAGUGACCACUGUGGCCAAUCACUGGCUUCAGAGGUCACAGGUGCUAGAAUGUCACUGCAGUCAGAUUCAGCCAAUAGGAAAUUAUAAAACAUCCUUCAAACAUUUUUGAAGUGACAUUUUCCUGACUUUUUCCCCCUUGUAUAGAGAGGUUAGAUGGCACACCAAUUUUGGUGUUGUGGAUCUCAGGAUAUGGUUCCCAAGCCAGACUCCAUAAAUAAAAGUCAUUUCUUCCAAAAUGUU